AUGUAUAACAUCCCUGGGCGAGUAUAAAAGUCUAUUUUUUUAGAAGAAAUUGACGAAUCAGUAGAAAAUGAUUAAUUUGGAUGUAGAAUAGCAUAAACUGCAGACAGUGAUUAUUCUAAAUUUAUAAUAGAUGGCAAACAAUUUUCAUUCAAAGGAGAAGCUUACUUUAAGUUAUUAAUUUAAAACUCUACUGGUAGGGAGAUAGUAAAAGCAGCGUUUUCAGUGGAAUAAUUUGCAGUCUUUUUAGGGUUUUUAAAGGCGAUGGCUAAAUAAAAGAGCCAGGUUUCUAAAGAGUUUUUGGAAAUUCCUUAAUCAGUAUUUAACAUUGAAAAUGUUUAAAAGGUGUUUAAGAUUAUAUAGGAAACAAAAAUUCAUCAAUAGAUGGAUUUUUUACAGAAAUUUUUAAUUAAAUGGAAGAAAGAAUACUAAGAUUAUUAUAUUAAAGUCACGAACAACUAAAAAAGUGUAACUAUUACUACAGUAAAGGAUAAAAUGGAGAAUAUUGAAUAAAAAAUCAAAAAAUUGCCUCGUAAUGAAAACAAUAUUCACCAAAUAUAUAUUGGCUUAGAAAAAAAUAAAGACUUUUUAGAGAAUGAGAACAAUUAAACAAAGAUAAGAAACAUUAUUUAAAAUCAAUUUCGCUACUAACUUAAGGAACUAAUUGGUAAAGGAGCAUAUGGAUUGGUGUAUGCAAUUGACUUGGACCAUAAUUAGAACUAGGCAAUAAAAAUUCAAAUAAACUAAAGUAGUAAUGCAGCUGAAUUUAAGAAAUGUGAAGAGCUUUAAAACUAUGCUCUAUAGUCUUUGGAUGGUGAUAUUUUGCAUUUCUUCAAAUGCUUCCAAAUAUAAGACAGCUAUUCAAAAGAAAUAUUAGAUUUCUUUAUCAUGGAAAGGGGUGAAAAGAAUCUAAAAUAAUUGACUCAAUAAGCUAAUAUAAAAAAUAACAUGAAUGGAUAGAAUGAAUUUCAUCAUUACUGGAAUAAGUAAGAAAUAAGAAAUUUAUUUAUGGGAAUCAUGAGAAAUGUGUCGUUCCUGCACUCAUAUAACUAUUACCACCGAGACAUUAAGUAUGACAAUAUAAUUAAAAAAAGAUAAACGUACUAUUUGAUUGACUUUAAUGUUUCUGAAAAAAUUGAAUAAGUUCUUCCUCUUGCAGUCAAGCUAGAAAAAGCUAAAGAUAAGGCUACUUUGCGUAAAUAAGAUGUUCUUUCAGGUACACCGGGUUACCUAACUCCUCAAUGGGAUAUGAAAUACCAAGAAAUUAAAGCUCAAAAGAAAGAUCCAAAUAAAAAAUUUAAUAAAAAUGAAUGGAUGGGCAUCCAUGAUCCUUUUAAAAGCGAUAUCUACAGUAUGGGAGUUGUUUUCCUUUAAUUUUUAAAUAAUGUUAAAGUUGCUUAGUAUGAUGGCUUUGAGAAAUUCAAUCCUUCAAAAGACCAAAAACUUGCAUAUCCUUUAGCAAGUUAAGUAAGUAAUAUACUCUUGUAAAAGGAAGAUAUAAAAGUCAAUUAAUAUUUUACAUAAACUCACUAAUUUCUUAUGAACGACUAAAUUUAUGAAGUUGAAAACCUACUUGUAGCUAUGCUUGAAUCUAAAGAAACAGACAGAAUAUCAACUCUUAAACUUUCUUUAAUUUGUUAACUUUACUUUAUUGUGAUUAACAACUUUAUCAACCUCUAUUCUGAAUAUUUUCCUCCAGAAGAAUAUCCUAAAAUUAGUGAGUCUCUUAUCAAACCUGGCGCAGUGAUUGAGUAAAAAGAUAGAGAACUAAAGACUAUUAUAUAUAAGUUUAAAAACUAAGAAUAUAAAGGCCACUAUCUCUGCAAAGUAAAUGAAAAAAAUUAAAAAGAAUUUAUCCGCCAAGGUUAUGGAGAACUUUAUGAAGUAGAUCCAAGCAACCCAAAUUUAAAGCAGCUCAUCUACAAUGGUACUUGGGAUAAAGAUCUUCCUCAUGGCGAAGGAAAAUAUAACUUCUUUUAAGGAAAUUACUCUUAUAUAGGGGAGUUUUAUUAUGGUGUUUUUUAUGGAUAAGGUACAAUUUACUAUAAUAAUCCUGUAGGCGAUGCUGUUUUAAUGAAAGAUGCUAUUAAAAAUAGCACUUUAAACAAUUCUCAAUAUUUGAAUAAUAACCUUAUUAAUAACAUUUAAAACAAUAAUUAGGGUUAAAAUAAUAACGCAAGUAGUCAUCAAAGCCAAAAUACUUUAGGUUUAUCAGCAGUUAUGGUAAAGUCGCUAUUUAAUUAUGGAGUAAACAAUAAAUUACAUUAAUAAUAACAAUAAACAUUCUCUCCUUAUGUUAUUUACUCUGGGAUUUUCUACAAUUUUAUUCUUAAAGACUGGCUUGUUGCAUCAGGAAACAUCCAAGAAGAAAACUGUAAAUAUUAAAUAAGACUAAACGCAAACAGAAACGAGCAACCCAUCUACGUUACAAUCCUAAAUUAAGGAAAAAUGAGAAUUAUCGAAAUGACAAUUAAAUCUUUUAAAGAAUAUGGAUAGUACAUCUUCAUUUUUCAAAACUAAAAAUUUGAUUAAUAUGAAUUAAACCUAAUUUAAGAUGAUUGUGCAAACUCAUACUCAGAAGGUCUAAUCUAUGGAACCUUUAACAAUGUCAAUAUAUUUUUUGAGAAUAUCAAGAACAAGCCAUCAUUUACAAUUAAAGAUUACAUAGAGUUGAUAAAAUUUGUAAAAAGAGUCGACCAAAUUAAUUUUGACUUUGUGAAAAGAGAAGAAUAAGACAACGUAAAUUUUAUAAGUGAAUUGUUAAAAGAUGAGAUAGUAAAACAAGCUAUUAGAGAAUGCAAAGUAAUGAAAAGAGUUAAAUAAAUAGAACUUUAAAAUGUAAAAGAAAUCAUAAAAGAAUUUCCCUUUUUGCAAGAAUUAGAUUUAAGCGGAUUUGAAGAUGGGCAAAUUGUUGAAGUUGGUCACGCUAUACAAUAAUCGCAAUAAUAAAAUAGGAAUGUUAACGUAAAUUCCCUUGUAAUUAACGAUUAUCAACCAGAUAACUUAUAAUCCUUAUUUGAUUCUGAUUACUUCGGAUGCAUUACUUAGCUUGACUUUAGCAACAGUCCUCUACUUAGUCAUUAAUGCUUAAUUAAACUAUUUAAACUAAAAGGAACAAGGAAUUUAAAAAAAUUAAAUAUUGAAUACUGUAGUUAGAUAAAAGAUAAAUUUUUUGAAGAGUGGAAUGCACUUAACAAAAUGAAAAAUUCAAGCUAAAAAGGAUCUUUUGAUAGUAAAAUCUCAUCCUAUGGUUAUUUAAAUUCAGCAAAUUAAUGUUAAAAUCUUGAAAGCUUAAAUAUAAGUGGAUUAAAACUCGAUAAUCCAUAAACAUUAUAAAACUUUUUAUUAAAGUGUGCUCAUUUGUAAAGUUUAUAAGAGUUAAUUAUGUCUGAUGUAGAUUGUCUUAGUGAUAUUUUGCUAAAAGCGGCCUUUAAAAACAGUAAAAUUUUCAAUAAAAAUUUGCAAAGAGUGUCUAUUUAAUUUAACCGACAAUUCAACAAGUUUAACUAAGAAUUAAGUUAUAAAGCUUUUAAAUAUCUUUCUUCUCCAAAACUAGAAAAAAUUCAAUAUAUAAAUUUGUCAGAUUGUGACUUAUUCAACAAAGAAAAGUAUAAUCCUUCAUACUUCAGAAAGCUUAAAAUUCCUAAAAAUAUUAAUUUUCUCGAUCUAAGUAACUGUGGUGAAAUGAAUCAAGUCUGUUUGGAUUUUUUGGCAGGCCUUCAAAACAACAACUAUAUUAUAGACCAGUAUAAGUUUUCCUUAGAUUAAAUUAAUAGUAGUUUUUGCACUUACUUCCAAAGAAAAUAAAUAAUAUAAUACCUAAAUUCUAUUGUAAUUUAUUAUGAUCCUUCACAGAAAUAUAAUAAUCUUGAGAAAGAUUUCUUCUUGACUCUUCUCAAUUAAGGGAAGAAAAUAUUUUUUGAAACAGAGAUGAUAGAUCGUAUAGAAUAAGAAUUGUUGACUAUUUUAGAAUAAUUCUAAGGUAGUGAAAAUAAUAAUAGUUAAAUAUACAUCAAUGAUCAACUAAUACCAAUACAAAAGUAUAGAAUAAAGAACUCAAAAAUAUUUAACGAAAUAUAAUUAUUAGAUAUACCACUCAAGAUCGAAGUUAAAGGAAGCAUUUCUAAGCUUAUUCGUCAUGAAAAGUUUUAAGAGAAGACAGAAUUAAAUCUCUCACAUAUGGUAAAUGUAGGAACUGAAAUAAUAGAUAGCUUGGUGAUUUCUGAUUAUUGUAGUAAUUUGAGGAUAGUUGAUCUAUCAAAUUCUAUUAUUACUGAUUAAGAUAUUUCUUUAUUUUGUAACAAUGGCUAAUUUUAAAUUUAAAAUCUUAUCUUUGAUAACUGCUUUUACAUUACUGAGAAGGGAAUAAAUUAAAUUCUUACUGCAAAAAAUAAUUUAUCAUUAUUGACUCUUCAGAUGAAAGGAGUUUACAGAAAUUUAGGAUCUAUUUAACUCUAUGAUGUCAAUGAAAGAAAAAUUUAACUGAUUCUUGAUAGAGUUUAAAUCACAUAUUCUAAAAGCUAGAGUGAAGCUUUUAAGUAUUGCGAAGUUAUUUAAAAUUACUUAAAAACUCAUAGCAAAUACUUUGAGAAGAUGAGAAUUCAAGUCCUUCAUCACAAAAUAUUAAAAAUUUUUAAUUCAGUUUAGAUAAAUUAUCCAAAUGUGAACACUUUACAAAUUAAUUUCUUAAGUGAGCCUAUUGCUUCUUGUAAAUUGGAGCAAAAGCAAAAAUCAGUUGACCUAAUUAUUUAAUUAAUUUCUAAACUUAUCAGAAUACACCAUUUAGUUCUUACCUUCGAUCAAGAAUUUGUUACUUUUCUAAUUGGGUAGCAAACAAAAAGUGAUAUGAUUAACAGAUAGUAGACAUGGGUGCAAAGACUCAGCUAAGAAAUUGAGAGAUUAUCUUGCAUACGAAGUAUUCAUCUAAAAUAAGAGUGGACUUAAAACUGCACAAAUUAAAUUCUUUCUGAAGAUUAAAUUGAAAAUUUCUAUUUAUUCUUAUUCUAAUCUAUGAAAGAGUUCAAAACAACUAAACUAAGCUUCAAGCUAAACAUGUCUUAGUAUAUGUGGAAUUUAUUAAAAAAGUAGAAAUUAACUGAUUAAUGUGUUUAGAAAGUAUGUAACUCUCUGGAUAAAUUUAAGAAUUUGGAAUGCUUAACCUUACAUUUAGCAGCAUGGGGACACUAAAAUAAUAAUAUCACUAAUGCUUCAAUUUAUAACAUAGUUUCGCUUAUUAAAUCUAGAUAAAAUUUCAAAAAAAUCAACUUAAAUUUAGCUUACUGGGCCUCUAAAAACUUAAACAUUGAUAUAAAAUAUCUGCAAGUCCUGUUUAUUGCUAUAUAGUUGCAAAAAAAUUUAACUAAUCUUUAACUUAAUCUAGCAGGAUGGGGCUAAAAUAUUAAAGUGAACAACAAUACAGUCAAAGAAAUAUUUUCUAAUAUAACUACACUCUCUGCUAUAACAUCUUUUAACUUAAAUGCCUCUGACUGGAGUGAUUUAAGCUACCUUAGCCAAAUAGAAAUAUUAGAUUUUACUGAAAGAAGCUUUUAAAACUUGUCUGACUUAAGCUUAAAUCUUUCAAAUUGGAGCUCUACAGAAAUAUGUAUCAACAGUAAUGUCAUUGAAAAAAUAUGCUAACUUUUGAAGAACAAAAAAGAGUUGAGAUCACUCUCUUUAGAUUUGUCUGCCUCUAUAUAUGGAAACAAUACUCAAAUAAAUGCAACUGAUUUAAAGCUAUUCGCAGAUUGUAUUGAAUAAUUAAUUCUUUUAGAUAACCUUGAGUUGAUAUUGAAUGGUUGGUCUGAUGAAAUAAAUAUAUCAGCAGUUACACAAUUAACGCAAGCAAUUACUUCGCUGAGUAGUUUAAGAAAGAUCCACCUUUCUUUAUAAAAUUGGCCAUAAUUUAAUGAAGGAAUCAGUAAAGGGUUGCAGAGCAUUGAAGGUUUCAACUAAUAGGGCUAACAGCUAACCUAGAGAUUAAAAGAAAGAGAACUUUCUUUUUUCCUUAAAACAUCUUAAGAUCAAAUGGAAGGAGAUGAAAAUGACCUAAAAAAGCUUAUAAGAAACAUUUAACAGUUAGUUACCUUACCUGAAAAAAAAUUCAAUUUUCAAGGGUGGGGAACGAUUCAUGAUAACAUUUCCAAACUUAUUGAGAAUACAUAGAUUGAAACCCUAUAUAUGCCUAGCUAUUAAACAACUGAAAAAACAACAAAGUCACUAAAAUGA